AUGUUGCUUGAAUAUAGGCUCAUGAGCGAUUAUGAAGUCACUUUGGUCAAUGACAACAGUAAGCAGGAGUUCUACGUGCGUUUCAAGGGACCGACAGAGACGCCUUUCGAAAACGGAGUUUGGAAAGUUCACGUCGAGUUGCCCGAUCAAUACCCCUAUAAAUCACCAAGCAUCGGCUUUGUCAACAGGAUCUAUCACCCCAAUAUCGAUGAGCUAUCGGGAUCCGUCUGCUUGGAUGUCAUCAACCAGACAUGGUCGCCCAUGUUUGACAUGAUCAACAUCUUCGAGGUCUUCUUGCCCCAACUCUUGCGAUACCCCAACCCUUCCGACCCCCUAAACGGCGAGGCGGCUGCCAUGCUCAUGAGAGAACCCAAGAGCUACGAUGCGAAGGUCAAGGAAUAUGUUCAAAAAUACGCCAGCAAGGAUGCCGCCAACGAGGCCGGAGCCGAAGAUGAGGACGAGUCUGACAUGUCCUCAGUAGCCAGUUUUGGAGACGAAGAGGACGAGCCAGCAGGACAGAUGGAUGAUGUAUGAUGCGGGCAAAGAACGAACCAUUCCUUUUGUUGUCUCUCCUUUGUCAUCACAGGUUAGGAUGCGGAGUCUUUGCGUUUGAUAUCAUGGAUGGAAAGGAGUUUAUUUGCCUGGAGUUUGCAUAAGACCAACCUCCACUUCG